AUGUCUUUGGAUAAUGCAAAUAGUGGUGUAAUUGAUGCUAGCAAUGUGAACGAAUCCACCAAUGUUUCUUUAGUCCCAGCAAAGUGGGGCACCUUUGUCCCAUACGAAUCGAUUGAAAACAGUUAUAAUUUAGUAACCAUUAAUCAUUUUACUAAGGAAGACGUUUGGAUAGCAACUGAAAAAAUUCAUGGUGCUAAUUUUUCUUUUUUUACUAACGGCCAUGAAAUCAAAUGUGCUCGUCGUAAUGGCUUUAUUGCUCCAGACGAAGAUUUCUACAAUUAUCAGUCUAUGCUUGCAAAAUACACUUUACAAAUUUUAUCACUUCACAAAUUAAUGCUUUCAAAGAACCUUAUUAGGGGUGAAAUGAUUAUUAUCUAUGGUGAAUUAUUCGGCGGAAAAUAUCCCCAUCCUGAUAUAACUAAAGAUGUUAAAGAAAAAUCAUACCCAAUUCAACGUGGUGUUUUUUAUUCGCCAAAAAUCGAAUUUAUAGCUUUCGAUUUAUUCGAUGGUGUAGAUUUAUUAGAUUUUGAUAUAAUGAAAGAAUUAUUAAAAGUUUCAGAUAUCCCUUAUUUAAAACCAUUGAUCAAAGAUAGUUACAAAAAUGUUAUUCAGUUUGAUCCAAAUUUUACUACUACUAUACCAAAAUUACUUGGUUAUCCAACUCCAUUACCACCUCCUUUUGAUAAAAAUAUGGCUGAAGGAAUUGUAAUUAAACCAGCUAAGAACAUCCGAACCUCGAAAAGACAUCGUGUUAUACUUAAGAUUAAAGCCUCAGAUUUUGAUGAACGAAAAAAGAACCCAGAUAAAUCAAAUAAGAAAAGAAGAGUAACGUCGUUUGACAAAAUUAUAAUGGAUCUUAGUGAGUUUAUUAACAUGAACAGAUUGAACUCGGUAAUUUCAAAACAGAACACUAAAGAUAAAAACGAUGAGAUGAAAAUGGUAGAAUUGUUAUAUGAAGAUGCUAUGAAAGAUUUUAUGAAAGAUGAACAAUUGAAGAAAAAAUUUUUGAAAUUGUCAGACAAUAUAAAGGAAAAGGUUAAAAAAAAUGGUAUUUCGAAGGCAAACCAAGUUGUUAAUAAGCAUUUAAUGUCACUGUACAAUGAUUAA